AUGACUUCACCACUGCCGACCGCAUAUCCACCAGCCUCUGCCAAGCUGCGCAAGUCCUGUGAUUUGUGUGCGGCUACGAAACUUGGAUGCACAAAAGAGAAGCCAAGCUGUGCUCGUUGCGCCAAACGAAAUCAUCCCUGCGUGUAUAGUACCGCCAAGCGCGCAGGUCGUACAUCCGGUAAAACACAAAACAGAGCACGAAGAGAUUCGGCUUUGACAACGACGGUGCCCCCAAGUCCGACAUUCACGUCUGCACAAACAAGUGAUACCACCAAUCCAUAUACGCCAAAAGGUGGUGGAUUAUCUCCACCCCUAGGUCUCCAGGAACACUUGUUGAGAGAGCCGCAGGGUGCAGGCUACGAUCCAGGUUCAGUAGGAUAUAACUGGCUUUCCUCCAUCCUUUCGUCUCAUGAACAAUGCUCGCCGUAUCCCGAUAUUUUCGGAGCUUUGAGAACUCUGGACGACAAUUGCCCCGAAUCGAUCCCCGCCAAUUCCUUCCCAGAACUGGACGAGAUGUUCGCAUCGGCAGUGGCACUUCCCUUAGACCACCAAGGCGAUGCAGCUGCCUUCUUCGACUUCACCCUUGAAGACAGCCCCACGUGUCCAUUCCCUGCACCCAAAUCCACUACACUACCAACAUCUCCCCGAGAGGCAUCUGCAGUGCUACCUAACCUUAAUGCACCCCCGUCGAUCACCGGUGCAACCUCCGACCCCUGCCAAUGCUUGUCCCGUGCUCUUGGCCUCUUAGCUGGACUCUCACCGGGCAACCCGGGAUGCGGGAGCGGCUCCGGUGCAUCAAGCCCUCGACUGCCUGAUUUUGAGCGAGUUCUUACCCAGAACGAGCAGACGAGUGAUGCAGUCAGCAAAAUUUUGCAAUGUAACUGCGCAAACGAUAGCCACCUUCUGAUGACCCUGUCCCUUGUAGUCUUCCGAAUUAUUGCCUGGUACACCGCUGCCACAGGGGCGGCAUCAGGCGAAGAGUCCCUAGAACCUGUCUUGCAGGGCCCAACAUCGGCAGUCUGCGAGUAUGAGGAUGAGAAGCGCAUUGCCGUGCAGCGGAUUCUCUCCAAACUCGCAGGCGUGCAGGCAUCUGUCGAUCUUCUAUCGCAGCGUCUACGCAGCAUAUCUGAGUCCACUGGGGUAGGACCUGGUGACCCGUCGCUGCACAUGACCGGCCCACUUGCAGGAGGCAUAAAUGCUUUCCUGGAGCCCUUUUCGGUUGGGUUAGUGAAUAAUCUAGAGACGGAUCUGCGGAAGCGUCUCUGCGACCUGUCAAAGGCCAUUGUGGAGCGAUUACGCAGGGAGUAA